AUUCCUCAAAUAGCACCACUAAAUUGAUUAAUUCUUAUAUUUAUACUUUUUAAUAAUUUUUUUAUCUUUAAUAUUAUUAAUUUUUAUUCAUUUAAUUAUAACAUUAAAAUUUUCAAAAAAAUAAAAUCUUCAUUAACUUAUAAUUGAAAAUGAUAA